GGUUGGAACGCGCGGUGCGGACUCUGAAUUCCGGAGAGAGGAGGGAGCAGAAGGGCAGAGGCGAGCCCUGGGGAGCAAGUGGUGGAAGCAGGUAGAGCAACGCGCUGGUGCUGGGAGACGGGAGCAGACUCGGUGGGGGGGGGGGGGGGAGUCAAGCGGAGCCGGUGGCGGUCGUGAGCUGCCCAGGGGUUCCAGCCACGGGGCCGAGGAGAAGACUUCCAGGAGGAGAGCCUCGCACUCUGGAGGGAGGGAGAGCCUUGGGACGGCGCCGGUGGGAGGCUGGGGGAGCAGAUAUCCUGGGUCCACGAUGGCUCCCCCCCUCUUCCUCCACGGCCUCCUCCACCUCCUCCACCUCGUCAUCAUCGUCCUCGUGGUGCCGGCCGCCUCCGUGGCGACCCCAACACUCACCCCCUCGCUCGGGGUCCUACUCUCUGACCCGCGUGCCGACCCCACACAGCCGCCGGGAUCCCCUCCGCCGCUCCCCUCGGGGACCCCGACUUCCACCAAGGGGGUACCCGGACCGGACCCCAGCGAGGCAGGAGGUGGCCGCUUCAGAGCUCCUGCCGAGACCUCGACCCCUCCCCUUAUCCCCUACUCCCUCGCAAAGCUGAACACAGUCACAGAGCAGCAUCCCACAUCAGGGGUCAAUGGUCCAGCAUCAGGAGCCCCAGAUCCUACAUCAGGGGUCCCCGGUCCUGUCUCAGGGCUACCUAUUUUAGCAACAGGGGUCCCAGACCCAGUAUCGGUGAUCCCUUUUCCAGUAUCAGGGGUCCCAGAUCGGACAUCGGGGAUCCCUUUUCCAGUAUCAGGGGUCCCAGAUCUGGCAUCGGGGAUCCCUUUUCUAGUAUCAGGGGUCCCACAUCGCACACCAGGGGUCCCUGGUCCGACACCAUCGGUCCCAGAUUCCACAUCAGGGGUCCCGCAUUCUGUCUCGGGGAUCCCUCAUUCCAUGUCAGGGGUCCCUGGGGAUGCGAGCAAUGAGCCGCGUUGGACCCCCAUGCUCAUGCCCUCGCCCUGGACCCCACACCCACGAGAGGGUCCCCUUUCCAGAUCACCUGGCACCCCCACAGCAAGGGCCCAGGGGGACGGGGGCCGUGGUGGUGAUGGUGGAGGUGGCGCCGCUGACGAUGGCGGUGAUGGAUAUGACGGAGGAGGAGCUGCUGGUGGUGGUGAUGACGGAGGAGAUGUUCAAACUGCUCGUGGAGUGGCUGAUGUUGGACCAGGAGGUGUGAACUCCACCCGUUCUCCUCCACCGCCGCCCACGUCCCCGCUGGUCGCUAUGACCUCGGAAGACGUCAAUCGAGCGGCUGGAACUCGGCGAGAGCCCCCCUCCACCCAGGGUAUGGAGACCCCAGACCGGUCCCCAGUCCUGACCCCCUCUCUGCCACCGCCCGCACCCCCAAACCCAAGUCCUACGUCGCACCCUGACCCGGGCGUGAACCCUAACGGAGCUCACUCCCCGGCCACGUUGCCGUCUGUAACCUUGGAGCUGCACCCGACUCCAUCUCUCACCCCGGACCGUGGCGCAGACCCGCAACCCGCCAGGUCGACGUCACCGAACCUGGAUCUGAAACCGAACCUGGACGUUGCAAGAGGAGCGGCCACUGCGACCCCAGCGGGCGGUGCGGAGCCGGGGGUCGUGACGGACGAGGCUGCCCGUCGCUUCGUCCCCGUGCCAGGACCCGGACCAGACCCUCCCCUCCCUCCCCGGAGACCGGGCACCGACCGAGAGCUGUUCUCCUCGGCGAUGCCUCCGUCGCGGGCCCCGGGAUGGGCCAGGGAGUUGGCACCGGUCCCCCUCUCCCUCGUUCCGGGCACGGGGCCUUGGCGUGAGCUGCGUGGAACGCUGGGCCCCACGUGGGACGCGGGCUCGCUUGUCCUCGCCUGCGCCUUCGCCCUCCUCUCCAUCCUGGCGCUCUUCACCCUGGCCAGACUCCUGCUGAUGAUGCUGAUAAAGACGAAGCCACCAUCGCCACCCCCACCACCGCCGUCGCCGUCGCCAUCGCCGCCACUGCAGCCGCCGUCUGGGUCCGACCCCCUAAAAAACCCCCCGAGGGACCCCCAGAGGGAUCCCCAGAGUCCCCUGCCCCCCCUGGGAGCGGCGCUGGUGUUGACGUUGUGCGCCCUGCGCUCUGUGUCGCUCUCCUGUGACCUCCUGACCCCCGAGAGGGCCCCCGCGCCCCUGACCUCCCUCCUCGUGUUCGACUCCGGGUUUCCGCUGCUCACCACCGCUUUCUGCAUCGCGGCGCUGCUUCCGCUCCUCCUCCUGCGGCGGCGGCGACGGGGAAGGAAACUCCACGCUACCGGGCCGGGUCCGUAUCUCCUCGCCAUCUGCUGCGCACACCUCUUCGUCUCCGUCGCUUGCGACGUCGCCUUCGUUUUGAUGACGCGGGACCUCCUCGAUGGUCAUGACGUUGAUGACAACGUUGCUGAUGGCGGCGGCGAUGACGACGUCGCGCACGUGGAGCUCCGCCGCUUCGCCGCCGCUGUGCUCCUCCUCUCCCGCGGCGUCUUCGUGUCGAGCGCCAUCGCGCUCCCCGCCGCGGUCGCUCUGCUCUCCCGGCGUCCCUCCGGCGAGCCCGACGGCUCCGCUCGUCCCGCUCCGCCCACUCGGGCCCUGCCCCGGAGGCCCCAAUGCUCUACCGAGGAGCCGGACGAGCAGGAGGUGGGAGGUCCACCGCGGGAGCUCGGCACUGGAGGAGCCCCCGGCUCCUCGAUCCUGCUCUGCACCUCCGCGUGCUCGCUGCUUGCCUGCGCCGCACUCCAGGCAUGGCUCCUGGUGGACACCGGCGUCCUCCUCUCCCACGGCGGCGGUUCCGCCACCACCGCCGCGCUGACCCGUGGCUGGGGCCUCCACGUGGCGACCCGCGUGUGCGAGCUGCUGUCUGCGGCCUGCGCCCUGGGCCUGUGCGCCACUGCGCCGGGUGGCGCCGUGGCCCUGUGCGACCACCGCCGGCGCCGCCCGUGCUCGGCUUCGUGGCCUGAGCGGGCCCUGCUAGCGCGGGUUCGCCAGGUCGUGGCCGUCAGCUCGGGGGUCAAGGCCCGCAACGGGGCUACGGGUGAGCGGGGCACCGCCACCUCCUCCAGCUCCUCCACGUUCCCGUGGGGGCCCAACAGCCUGGCCCUGAAGCCAGUGAGGAACGGAUUCACCAAGAAGGGCGCCGCCCCGGGGGGUGCUGCGCAGCCGCCCCCCUCCCGUGGGGAUUGGGACUGCUCGGGGUCCCGCAAGGGGUCCGCGGUGGCGGGAGAGAAGGGACCCGUGGCAGCCCCUGUGAGCGUGCACGAGGAAGGGCUGGAGGAGGGGCUGGAGUCGUUGUCGCUGUCGGACAUCGAGCUGCGGCCCCCGUCACCCAUCGACCUGCGCCGCAGCAUCCACGAGGCGCUCGGGAGUCGCGGGGAUGCGCUGUGCUGGGAGCGAGCGGCAGACGAGCCGGGACGAGGUGGACGAGGUAACAGUGGACCAGGUGACAGUGGACCAGGUGGUGGUAGUCGUGUUGGUGGUGGUGGAGGAGAAGGCCAUGUGGGAGGAAGUGUGGUAGUCGAAAAAGGGAAUGAAGAAGACGAUGGUGAUGAUGAUGACGGAGGUGGUGCUGGAGAUGGUGCAGGAGGUAGAGGAGGUGGUGAACGAGGUGGUCCAAGAGUAGGCGGAGAAGGUGGAGAACGAGGUGGGAAUGAGGAUGGUGAUGCCGAGGACCCGGGAUCGAACCCUGCCGCUCACUCCGGACCCUCCACCACCUUUGCCUCUUCAGACGAGCGACUCCUCCAGACCACCUCGUCAUCCCUGUCAUCGUCAUCAUCAUCAUCGUCGUCACCUUCGUCAUCACUCUCUUCAUUACCUGCACCAUCAUCAUCCUCGUUUUCAUUGUCGUCCUCGCGAGACCCCGGUUGGGGAGACGGGGGUCUCUCCCCGCGACCCCGUGGCCCGGGGUCACCGCCGCCAGGCUUCGAGAGGGUCGGUGAGGACCCGGGGACCCCGUGCGGAGAGGGAAGCAGAGGGGGCCCCGGGGAUCGAGGGGCCCCCAGGAGGGACGGCAGCCAGGGAUCGGAGGAGCUGAGAGCUGAGUUUGUGCAGAUCUGUCGACAGAUUGAGCAGCUGAGCGAUGGCAGCGAUGUUAUCCAACUGUGACACCAUGAUCGUCGUCAUCACCACCACCACCAUAAUCACCAUCAUCACCACUACCAACAGCAGCAUCAUCACCAAUACUAUAAUGAUCAGCAACACUAUAAUGAUCACCAACACCAUAAUAAUCACCACAAUCAUUAACUAACACCAUCUGCUCAUCAGCUCUCCUCCUGACCAUCCUUUUCUUCAAUAUUAUCAUUAGCAUCAACAGCACCAUCAUCUCAUCAUCCUUCUCUCCUUCUGCUUAUCCUUCUCUUCAAAACAUCAUCAUCAUGACUUAUAUUUAUUUUAACAUCGUCAACUACGUCUCGUGUUUGUAAUCAUCGCAGGGAGAUGACGAUCGUUAACAAUAUAGGGGUUAGGGGAAGGGCUAUGCUCCAGAUCGUGAGCUGAUUGGCUGGCUGAUGGUGAGGACCAGCCCACUUGAAUCAUAAAACAAAUAAGCAGACUAUAUUUCUGCGUACCCGUCUCUCAAUAUUAAAUAUAAUAUAAAGUAUUAUUUACACAUCACAACUGCCCUUGGGCCUCCUGGGAGCGCAUCAUUUCAGCAGCAUUGAUUUAGUACAAGCGAAACUCUGGACCGGUCUCGACAUGCAGUGUCUCAUCUGGCAGACUUCGGCUUACUUGAACCAAUGCUGGUGAACUGCCAGACGUUGUAGGCAAGAGCCCUCGAUAUAAGAUAUGGAUGGGGACUCGCCAUGCGGCAUGCACUUUGUACUUUGGUCUUUACUUUUCUAUCCAGCUGCGCUGCGGGCAUCAUAGAGACGAACACAUAAUCUCCAUUCCCAACGCUCGCAGCCAGCAGUGGAUCACCUUGUGUCGGAGAAAGGCCCCCGGUAGACGACGUCAACAUACCAAAAGUUCAUUCAGUAUGCCUUUUUUAACGCCAUUAUAAGCACAUGUUUUAUAUACUCUGUAAGUAGUGUUCACCACAUAUCACAUGGCAAUCACUUGGGACGUUGCCAUGGUGUAAUGAGUGGUCAGCACCACUGGACUUGCCAUCCAGAGGUCGCCGAUUCGAUGCCAUCUCCUGGCGUGGCAGUUGAAACAACGGUGCGAGUUUCUCAAAUUGUCCCGCCUCUGUCAAUCGGAAAAAAAUUGGCUCACUCGCCAACAGUCUACGAUCAUCUGGUUGCGUGUGGUGGGGUAAAGUGUGGGCACGACCACCUUUUUCAAGACGUGCGGUCAGCGUGAAAGAUGUGACUAUGCCCAUGCAACCCAAACUUUGGACCAUAUAGAAAAAAACAGUGGUCUGUGUUCCAUCAAUAGACGAGAAACAGCAAAACUACAUCAACUCUCUCCUAAAGCCCUCUCGUCAUGACCAGCAGACCUCCACAUUGGCAUCUCGCUGCUGAACAUAUUGCUGCCAUACCCAAGAAUAGAAUAGCCUGGAAGAGUAGACAAAAUACUACCCAGAGUUUCCCGUAGUGGAUGCCCUUCAGCAGUGGCGUGAGCCACUGCUAAAGGCCAUCCACUAGCAGUAACAUCAUAAAAGUUUACUUCUCAGAGCUGGAAUUUUGCCAAAUUAAGACUGUAAGUGCAGAACCAAAUUGAAUGUGAUUUUUUUGUGUGCAAUCUUUAGUGACCGGGCUGAAACCAUGAAUUCACGACUACACUUGAGGACCUGGUUUAAUCACAACUCAGUCUCCAUGACUCGAUAUGUCUCUACGUAAGUCAAAACGUCUCUGUGUAAGUCACUGGUGGCAGGGCUGAGAUCAUCAACUCACUGCUACACUCGAGACCCCCCCAUCCCCCCCAGGUUAAUCACUGUGGUUGGAUGGAUGAACCCUGGCUCGAACCCAGGGUCUCAGCGAUGCUGGCUCAGUGUCUCUGACACGGCCAUCGUGAAUUCCCCCCCCCCCCCCGAGCCUGCCACAGUCGUUUAAGUGCAAUGGUUGGGGCACUCUGGUCAGGAGUGAACCGGAGCGGGUUAAAUUCCAUGCUCCAUCCCUGCUUAGGCUGUCCCUCCGAAUCAAGUAAGGGCAAAUGCGUGUUGUAUAUUAGCAUACGGUAUGUACAACUCUUUGUAUGUGUACACACGCCUGUGUACUGUCGUGUGAUACCAUCCAACUGUAGUGGGGAGCGGUGUGGCAGUGGCUGGCGCAAUCGCGAUACAAUCCUUGCGACCUUCGUUCGAUUCUCAGCCACGAUGCAGAACAUCAGUGGCACCUCCGUGGUGUCUGAACCUGGCGUAGGUCGACUCGGCCUAAAGUGUGCGUGAACUAAAGCACUAGGGAGACAAAGGCGACCGGGCGUUAUGUGGUGCUGGUCACACCACCCCCUUUGUGUGGGCUGGCUAACAGCACUUGCCCCAAUGGUCUAAUAGGGCAAUUUUUUGUACGUCUGCCCAUGUGUAUGCCUUCGUGUGUCUGUCUUUGUGUGUCUAUGCAUAUGUCUAUGUGGUUGUAGAUGUGUACUGCAUCAGUGUUUAUAUGCCAGCGGGCGUUCGAGACUUCACGUGGUCUCAAGGUGCACAUGGCAUGGCACAAGCGUCGUGGUGACGUCACCGCCACUUAGUGGCGAAUGGCGGUUGUUGUUGUGUUUGUAUGUGUCUUUGCCAACGUGUGAAUCGCGUUAUGAACUCGGUAACCAAAGUUCGGUUCCGGCUCAAAGCAACAUCUGUGACGAAUAUUUUGAACCGGUCCUGGCCCCCCUCUAGGUCGACUCGGCCUUAGAAUGAGUACCCGGUGCGGUGUGUAAACACCAGCACUGGGGAGACAAAGUUGGCCGGGCGUGGUGUUGGUCACCUACCCCCAUGUGUGCCAUUCCGGCCUUUAUAGGUGCUCGCUAACAGCACUUACCCCAACAGUCUAUUUAGGCUAUACGGGGGGGAUCUUUGUCUCUGUAUAUACGUGUAUAUGUGACAUAUACAAGCAGAGUUCUAUGUGCGUGUGUAUAUAUAUUGUCUAGGGCUUAGUAGUUUAUACAUCUGUAGGAACGUGUGCCAAAAUGCCCUGCUAAGUUCGUGAUGUCAUGCGAAUCCCUAUCAAUCACCAACAAUCAUGAAUCCCAUUCAAUUCCAAUGCCAGACAAUGCUAAUUCACGACCCCCACACGCGCGUAGCCAGGCAUGCACCUCCAGCCACGAGGGGCCGACUCGUGCGAGUUCCUCUGCUCGGACCGUGCUGUUCAACAUUUCGCACGGGCGGUGAUGUGGCGUUGACGCUGCUGCGGCGACGCUGUGAUGUUUCGCAUUGGUGAAAGUUUCUUAAAUGUUCCCCCCCCUCUCCCUUCUCCCCACCACUCACACCACCUCCCAAUCUAUCGCUUCCGUGUACCCAGCAGUAACACCGCAGCUAGUCGAACGGCAGGUCGCGUGUGGUGGGGCAAAGUGUGGGUAACUCCCACCUCCUCCCGAGACGUCUGGCCAGCAUGGGAAGCAAGAGUCGGCCAACAAAUACCAUCCGGAGAGGCCCUCUAUCGCAGGAUUUCCUGAAUUCCACUGCCUCGCCACCCACCACCACACUCCGUUUCUCCGCGCUUACCAAUUUGACUCAAAUUCAAAUUACAUCGUUGCACGCUGCAUGCGCCCGGUGACCGUUCAACACUUCCCACGUGUCUCGCUCAACAAUUAAGGCGGAACACGUGCACGCACACAAAGACACUGUCAAUUGAUUAUGACGUCACGUGGAACGUGUUUAACAAUCAUCGGGCGCGUGGAAGGACUUAAUGUGAGUAAGCGGUAAGUGGAGUCUGGAAUUUGGGAAACCUCACCCUAAGAGCUUCCUGUCGUGAAGGUCUCUUCCGCCAGCAGUGGAAUAAGCAAGCCAUUGCAGGGUCAGGGCCUUUAACCUUCCGUGGAGGGAUGAUGUCAUGCCAUGUGGUCUGUCACAAGCAAACUAACGUGUUCGCGUGUUGCAGUAUUGUUAUUAGAACUGUGUUUAGAAGAACUUCCACGAUUCGGGGUCACGAUUCAAUGGUUCAAGAAUCGAUUAAUGUUUUGACUCUUUGUUUCAACCCGUCUCGUUUGUAUUAUCUUUCUGUGUAGGUUUUCGCUAAAUUAAGUAGAAAUAUAUGUACAGUAUUAGCAUGUAAUUUACAUAUACAGCAAUAUCCGUUAAUUGGAUGUAAUCGGGCAUGAUGCGGAAAACGAUAUUUGCUAGAUAUGCAAAUCACAUGGUAGUAUGAUGGCAUUACACGUUUGUAUUUAAUUUGCACAUUUAGCAAUGCCCAUUGCAGUAAUCGGGAAAGCCGCGGCGGGGACCCCACGCUUGCUGGUUGAAAUCGAAACGUCGGCAAGUUCAAGAUCCUGGUCUGGACUCGACUCAGCCAAUCAUCUCCGCAAGGCCGAUAAAAUUGAGUAUCAUUCAGUGGGAAGGCGUACGUCGUACAACGAGCAAUACGAAUCGAUUUUGAUCGGUUAAUCGAUGCUCUGUGACGCGCCUAGGAGUUACCAUGGAAGUGAUGUCCAGUACUUCCCUCGGGAAGGGCAGGAGAAUCAUUGUCCACAUCUAAAACCUAGGGCUGUGCUUUCAGUGGCAGUGAUACACCAAUCACAAUUAAUAAUACAACUGAAGACAUCCGUCAACAACACUGUGGCCUUAAACUAAAAUAUAUUAUAGGCGAUAUUUAUGUGCUAGGAUGUACAGUACUAUAUGGGCUAUGAAGAAGGACCGUUGCCCGAAACGUCGCCUAUUAUAUAUUUUUAUUUUAAGACCCACGGUUGUUGUUUACGAAUGUGUUGAGAUGUUGUCCGUGUCGGUGCACCACCGCCAACGAAGCAGCAUGAGCAGCAACAUCGCGAAAGGAUUUUUGUUAGUUUGGAAAUAAACCAACAGAUAACCGAACGCCGAUGAAUUUAGAAGCACAAAUUGAAUUAUCGUCACCCCCUCCACCCCGCUAAAAAUCGAUUAGUGCGGCUAAGACGCUUGCAGCGAUGGAUAAAUAUCGUUCGAGGGCUGCUUUUGAAGUGGUCCACAACGGAGUGAAGCCGUGUUGUACGAAACGGGAGUCGUGGUUUGCCCGCGGGCGAUCGGCUUCGACCACGUCCGUACCCGACAUUUAACUUUGAAUUGAUCGGCUUCGAACCGAAGUCAUUGUUUAAUCGAUUCAUGGCUUGUGCCUUAGACUAGAGAGCACACGCGCGCACGUACUAUUUAAACACAGAGGGCCAAACAUCCCCAAAUGCGGUGCCUCUCAAGAAAAAAAAAACAGUCUCGUGGCCGCAUUUUGGUGGGAAGUCGACAGCAGCGGUCGUUCUCUUUGCCACGGAUGGACUUAGUUCCGCCACAGUACUGUGGAGAUGUCGAUCGUCGCAUCACGCGCGUCCGAGUGGCGUCAUAGAUCAUUUUUGCAAGAGAAGUGGUGAAUAUAGCGGCCUGGAGUGGCUGGGGGUAAUCGCGCGGCGCAGCACGCGCAUCCUCCUCUCGCACGCACGAUCGGUUCGGUCGCGUGUAUAGUGGUGACUCGUCUAAUAAAAAAAUAUAUAAAAGUCGAUCGUAAGAAUCGAUGAUAACGUUUUCUAUUCGUCGAUGCGUUCACAGUAAUCACGGAUCACAGACAUUAGCCAUUGUUUCGUGAGUGCCGAUUGUCCGCGUACGAUUUUACAUGAAUAAACACGACUCUCAUUA